AUGUUCCAAUUGCCUGAAUCCCCUCGCUCAGUUGCUUCUCAUCUCUCGGACCUCUCAUGCUCUCCACCGAAACUUGACCCAAGCACUCUUGCCCUUCUGGACUCCUUCUUCAACGAAAAGGCCGAAGAAGAACGGCGGUUCAAUGAGAUUGCUGCUGAGCAAGCCGCAGCCAAAAUCGCAGGCUUGGCUCUGGAGAUCGGCGAAGAGAAGGCAGGGGAGAAACCUAUGGUGAGCGUUGCCGAUUUCCGCUUCGCCUUCAGUGAGGACUGGCAACUGAGCCAAUUUUGGUAUAGUGAGGCCUUCGCGAACCGACUCGCCGACUGCCUGCACUCCCUCUGCACUCCCACCACCAAAAUUGCCUUUGUGUGCUGCCCGACAGGCUUUGUUGCCUUCCAGCACAAGAAAAAGCUCGAAGGCGCAAGGCUGCUCGAAUUUGACCAGCGUUUUGCCGUGUUGUCUCCCUCGCAGUUCGUCCCGUACGACCUCAACGAGCCGGACGUGUUCCCCGAGGUAUUAAAGGAGAGCUUUGACCUCGUGGUUGUAGACCCUCCUUAUCUGAAUGAGGUGACGAACAGGCAGAUCGCCAAAACUCUGCGGCAAAUCCUGCAUCCGACAAAUGGGAAGCUGCUCGUCAUCACAUCAACAUCGGUGGAGGAUGUCUUGAGUGAUGUUUACGUUGAACAGCCCUUGGGUCCGCUGAAAAAGACCGCGAUAGACGUCGAGCACAAAAAACUGGCCAAUGACUUUGCGUGCUGGGGUUCUUGGGACGGUGCAGAGAAAUUAUCGCUGGAGCCAUAG